AUCCAGCCUUUAUAACUGCACUUAAAACAAGCUUUGCUUGUUGAAACCAUAAGUUGAGACAAGAACAAUGCCUGCUGGUUACUGGGCGCAGUUCUUUAAAGCUCAAUUUCAUUACUCGAAGUUUGGUUUUGCUCAUAAAGACUGGAGAGCAUUUACCUUUUCUCCAUGGUUACCACAAACAUCCAAGCACCAGCUAAUAUACCUGAUAUACAGAUGGCUGGUUGCCAUUUACUUCUUUUUGUGGUUGAUUGCUGUGGGUGCUAUAAGUAAUUAUGGAGGAAAGUUCUUCAUUUAUCUCACUUACUGGAACUUUCUUCUAGUCGUUGCACAUCUCCUCUUCUCUGCAGUCUCCUGCACUUAUGUUCACUUUAAAUUUGCUUUUCGUAGUGCAGAGAGUCACCAUAAAAGUGAAUUGAAGCAAGAAGACUUGCAUGAUCCUCCACAUCACAUUAAGAAAUGCUGCCUCUGUUUCCAGUGCUUUGAACCUGGACAAGUAUCAUGGUAUUGCGUGCCACUGUGGAUUGGUCACUACAUUGCAACCAUUAUUCCCAUCCCUGUCAUUGUGUUUUAUUGGGGAUUACUUGCUGGUAGUGAUGACAACAUAAACUGGGCCACCAACCUGCAUUCACAUCUUCUCAUCGGGCUGCCUGGUAUAAUAGACUCCCUUUUUAGUGGCAUACCAUGGCGUAUUUAUCACGUGUACAUAUCUAUCAUAUGUGGAAUGGCUUACUUGAUAUUUUCUCUGAUAUACGAUCUGUCUGGUGGAACUAAUGCUAAGGGUGAGCCCUACAUUUAUCCCGGGAUUGAUUAUUCUGAAUCUCCUGCAAGUGCCAUUGGUUUCAUUGUUAUUGUUGCUUUUGUUUUCACUCCUUUUGUUCAUUUCAUCUUCUGGUGUAUCUACGUUGCACGUACACUUGUUUUGUACUGCAAGAUUGGAGGAGGCGAUCAAACUUUAGGCACUGAAACAAGUGAAGAAUAUCGGAUAAGCCAACAGCCGCUUUCUCCAGGUGAUGAUGGCGGUGCUGUCAUGAAGGGAAAGAGUAACCCUUUGGCUUUUGAAAUGGAUAAGGUCCAGUCAAAGGAUACCAUUGGAGAGGAAAACCCGUUGGCUUUUGUGGAUGAACAGCCACCACAAUCUCCUCAAUAAAAUAAUUUCAUUUAACACUUGCUUAAAUAUUAUUUUUUUGAUGCAUAGCGUAAUGACCUCAUGUCAGCAACUGUAGACUAUCUAUACUGUUUUCAUUAAAUUGAAUAUACUUUUAAAAUUAUUUUCAAUAAAGUUUAAAGGUCUUGUACUUUUGUAUCAUGUU